AUGGCGCUCCCGCCCGCAACUUCGAUAAACUAUAUCCCCAGUGUAGUGGUGACCGCGCCCCUGUAUUCUGGCGCUGACCUCUGUGAAAUGGCCAGAAGACUCAAUUACCAAAUCAGACAAGCUGCAGCAUCGAUUACAGACACGAGUUUCGAAUUCCCUGGGGAGAAAGCUAGGCGUCCGAGGGAUAACGAGGCUAGACAGUUCAUCAAAUCGAAGAUGAUCAAUCGCAUAUACAACGUGCAAAAAAAAGGCUUGGGGGAAGGACUACUGAGAGUACUUUUGCAAAAAGGGCUUGAGGGUGUGAUGGUGGUCGCAUGUAGUAAGAUGUUAGCCACAUGGUCCAAGGAUAAGGUGGAGUCAGAGGUGCUAUCCAACUUCUAUAAAUCCAGAAUGCAGCAAAGCGGUUACUGGAGGUCCAUGACGAAGAAGGCCGCCAAAUUGUCGUUUCACAAGGGGGUCAAAGAAGAGCUUUUAGACUGCCUCAACCAGGUGGUCAACCAAAUCAUCGACGUUUCCGGAAGGGGGAGUUUCGAGCUCGAUGUCGCAAUCCAAGAUGGUAUUGGGGAUGUUUGUGAUGCCGUGAUGAGACUGGAUAAGGCUUUGAGCGAAGACCCUACAGAUGAUGAUUGGGAGGUGUUCUACGCUUUUCCAGACAGCGAGAUUGACAUCGAAACAACUGAACCUAAUGGUGAGAUAUCUGGUCUCGUCAUCUGUCCAACAGACCUAGGACUACGUAGAGCAAUAUUCACCAAUGCGACUUCCGAUAUUCCAUCCGGUUCAACAAUGGUGGAAUUCACGAUUUCCCAUUGGCAAACCAUCUUGAAGGCAAAGGCUUUGUUAGAGGGUGACUGCAUAUGA